CGUGCUGAGGACGGUCUACCGGCCCCUAUCAGUGUUUAUUCGCGCUAUCCCGCCUACGUGUUGCUGACAAUCAGGCAUCUUCCCCCUCAGCCUGUCUUUAAACGCAAAGAUAUUUGCGAAUAAACUGCUCGGCACCGUGCAGCGGCCUCUCCGGUCGCCUCCGCCGCCGGUGAGGGCGGGAACUCCGUGGCCGCCGCCGGCGGAACCUGAGCGGCGCGGUGCGCGUUUCCCCGCCGGGCCCGGAAGCGGUGGGACCCACCGGUAACGGCGGGAAGAUGCAUUGAGGGGACAAGGGGCUGGAUGAAUUAUGGAAGAAGCAUGUAGCUGCUGUAGGACUUCAUAUCUGAAAAGACUUGUCAUCUCUGAUUGUCGGAUGAGACUGCCGUUCUGGUGGAGACAAAGUACGGUAACUAAAGUAAGAUAGCUCCGGAUACUGGUUUUGUUGUUAAAUUAAUUUCAAACCCAUUAAUUGCCUUACUGGAAGUGAAUUCUUAAAGUUUAUCAACAUGGCCCUGACUACUACGUUGCUGAACAGGGCUUACUUACAUGGUAGAUGCUGCAGGCACAAAGUUUUGCACCGCUUACUUGGACCUCUCCUCAGCGACUCCAUGUCAAAAUUGUAUAGCACCUACAGGAGGCCAGGGUCGCAGCCUGAGAAAAAACCCUCUUGGCAAAAUAUUGAUUUCAGUUUUAAGAAGGGCAUUGAUGUCUUAAAGACUCAGCUAAGCAUGCUGAAGAAGGAGACCAAAGAUUACUUAAAAGGACCUGGAGGCCACCCAUUCAGUCAGUACCUGCUGGAACAGACAAGAGUGUUGUGGGAGUUUCGGAGCCAAGAAGAUUUAAAUAAAUGGGUUAUUUCCUCUGAUGUAGAGAUUGGAGGCAAAAGUGAAGUUUACCUCAAAUUGGGUAGGAAUAACCAGGCUGCUCUGCUGUAUGGAACCCUCAAUACAGAAGUACCUCGUGAUGGGGAGACAAAAUACAGUGGAUACUGUAGUAUGAGAGCUAAACCGCCAGUGGGAUCUUUUGCUAGGAAGAAGUAUUAUGACUGGUCAAACUUCAACAGUCUGUAUUUACGUGUCCGUGGCGAUGGCAGACCUUGGAUGGUAAACAUUUAUACAGACCCUUACUUCUCUCAUCAAAAGGAUGAUCUCUACAACUACUUCAUGUUCACCCGAGGAGGCCCAUACUGGGAGGAAAUAAAGAUUCCGUUCUCCAAAUUCUUUCUCUCCAGUCGGGGAAGAGUCCAGGAUGACCAGCAUCCUAUCUGGUUAGACAAGGUUAGUACCCUUGGAUUCACAAUUGGAGAUAAAGUAGAUGGUCCGUUCCAACUGGAGAUUGAUUUUAUUGGCCUGCUGAACGAUAGAGCUCACACAGAAGAAUUUGCCUAUGAAACAUAUGAAAAGAAUCCUCAACUCUAAGUGGGGCUGGUGUCCUUUGCAACAUUCUUCAGACACGUGGUUUGUUUUUAGGAAACAGUUCUUAACAUAUGGCUUAGAACAACUUGAAGAUUCUAUGUAAACAUUAAUGAGACGAGUGCAUGAAGUUUUGACUAGUGACACUGUUGGUAUCUUCAAGCAGCCCCGUACAGAAUAUUCUGGAGAGACUGUAUGUACAUGGACUGGAACGUAGCCUGAGGAGAGCUGCAAUGUAUUCUUACAAAAUAGUAACUGUUGACAGGGUAAGUUUUGGCUUCUGUCCUCCUGACCUUUACAGAAAUACGAGUAUUUAACGAGCUUGCUGUAGUAGUUCUUUGCACAACAAUUUCAUUUUCUACUUUAUGGGGUUUGGAGACAGUUCUACAACACUUGCAUCCGCUAGUUUUAAACUGGAAGAAGUAUGAUGAGAAUUAAUACCCUGAGGAACUGUGCUGAAAUGUGACUCAGCUGCUGAAAUUUACAAAGAGCAGCAGAAGUGGAAGAGGCUGAAGUAUUUCAACCUUUAGCUUUGGCUCCUCUGAAUAACUAAAAAAAGAAAAAGCUGCCACUGCCAAGAUUGAACCAGUAGCUGUGCAGUGGACUUAGCUUUUCAUUUGGAGCUGUUGAGGACAGUCCUACAGCUUUAUAGAGCUACAGCUGAUGAACAGAAGUAGUGCUCCAAGGGUGGGGUGGGGGGAAACCCCCAUCCCUGUCUGUUCCCUGAGGAGGCACAGCCCAGCUUGGUUAGCAGUGUUACAGGGCAGAUCAGAUCAUGCUUUUCUGAUGUGUGCAGUGAGCUUACCUCAGUUGUAUUGGAAGAAGUCCCAGCCUCAGCUGGUGGCAUAGGAGCUCAAUACCUCCCUUUUUCUGAGAAGUCUCAUUUUCAGUAAUUCGAGAAACACAUUAAAGAACAGGUGCUGAAUGGUUUCAUUUCACCUGUCACAAACUUAGUCUAAUCAAAGCACUGACCUUGCUUAAGUGUACUUUACAAAUGCUAAAUGUACCUAUAUUUUAUAUGGAAGAGGCCACAAUAAAGCAAGCUGAAGCAGUG